AUGAUAGUCGCUCACGCUCCAAAAACUUAUUUCGGUUCAGGAGAUAUACAAAAAUCAUUGGGUUCUCUUCCUGGAUUUCCCUGGGCGAAAUAUCCCGGAGAAAAACAUCUCCCAGGGCACAAUUAUACAGGUCCAGGCACUAGGUUAGAUCUGCGAUUAGACGAAAACGAUAAACCCAAACCAGGGGAAGAACCAGUCAAUAGAGUUGACGGCGCUGCGCUUAAACAUGAUAUUUUAUACAGAAACAAAGACAUAAAGUUUAGACACGAAGCAGACAAACAAAUGAUAAUAGAACUUGAAAAUAUUCCAAAUCCAACUUUCAAAGAGAGAAUGCAAAGAGCAUUAAUCAUUAAACUGUUAAAAGCAAAGAUGAAAUUAGAAACUAAAAAACCUAACACUACAGCAUGGAUAAAUAAAGCAAAACCUUACUUCCUGGAUCAAAUCGGAGACACUCUUCAAGGUGAUUUAGAUAUGAACAAUUUUAGCAUAACUAAUUUAAAGUCUCCGGAAAACGAUAAUGAUGCCAUUCACAAGAAAUAUUUAAUGGAACAAUUAAAUUUAAUUGAAGUAAAUAAAGACCAUUUAAAAGAAAGAAUAAAUUUUAUUGAUGAUACUAAAUUACAACAAGAAGUAACAAGUUUGAAAAGUUUUAUAGAAGAACAAUUGGCCAAAGUAGCGAAUAAAACUGAGUUACAAAAUUUAAUUUCAUUAAUAUCUAAAUUAGAGGAUAAGAUUGCAAAACAAAAAUUAGACAUUCAACAAUUAAUAGAUAACAUUCCAGAUGAAAAUGAAGAUACGUUUCAACAGGAAUUAAAUGCUCUGGAAACUAAACUUAACAGUGAAUUACAAAAAGAACUAACAAAUAUUCAUCAACAAAUACAAAAUAUUGAUGAUAGUGUUAUUCAACAACAGAUAAUCACUAUCAAUAACCUAGUUUUAAAACAGGAUAAAAAUAUACUCGCAUUAGAAAAGCAACUCAAGCAAGAAAAUAAAUCAUAUUAUUUCAAUCUUCCAUUUGGAAAUUUGAGUUAUGAUGAUGCUUCUAUUACUGAUAAUAUUGAUAAAUCAAAAGACUAUGAAUAUAAAAAAUAUGGAUUUAAACUAAAUAUAAGAGUAUUUUCUCCUUCAAAUUUUAUCCACCCCUAUGAUAUAUUUAAGAGCGAUCAUCUAUCAGAUUUUUUUUUUGGAGAAAAACUUAUAAUUGAAAUUAAUUUUCCUUUUCAGGUAAAAGUUGAUUCAAUAUUCUUCAGACAAAACUCACAUAUGUCUAAGAAAUUUAACACUCGCAAAGUUCUUCAGUUUAUCAAUGGUACAAAAAAUGUAGAAACAAAAGAAUUAGAAAUUAACGACGAAAACAGCAAGCAUGGUCACUUAUAUGAAAUUAAAACAAGUGGAAAAUAUAUAGAUAGAUUUAGAAUGUUAAUCAUACCAGAUAAUGAAGAAGAUGGUCUUUCAUUGAAUAAUUUUGAUAUGUUAUUGGAAACGGAAACUCCACCAUCAGCAAGUAUUAUUAGAAAUCCAAAACCACAAAAAGAAAUAAUCAAUUAUCAGUUUUUACGAGCAACAGACUUUGAAUACGUAAAACUAUAUUUUGUUGAUAAUGAUAUAUUUACCUCAAUCGAUAUUCAUAAAAGUCAACAACAAUCAAAAUUUUUUAAUAAGAGAUGA